CCUCCUCCUCCUCCUUCUCCCCGGGCAGGAUGCAGAGGCUGCGGCGGCGGCUGGUGGCGGUACUGCUGCUGCUGCUGCUCUCGGCCGGCAGCCUGCGGCGCGCGGCGGAUAGAGGAGGCGCAUGAGGCGGCUCUCGCCCACCCUGCCUCCUACCGGCGGGUGCAGGAUGGAACAUGAGGCUUCCCAGCUAGAAAAGAAACAUGUGCACAACGUCUAUGAAAGCACAGCUGCCUAUUUCAAUGAUCUGCAGGGCAAAGCAUGGCCUCGCGUCCGACAGUUUCUCCUGGAGCAAAAGCCAGGCAGCCUCGUUGCUGAUAUAGGUUGUGGGACUGGAAAAUACCUUGGUGUCAAUAGCCAGCUGUAUAAUCUUGGAUGUGAUUACUGCGGUUCUUUGGUAGAGAUUGCAAAAAAUAACGGUUGCGAAGUGAUGAUCUGUGAUAACCUUAAUCUUCCUUUCCGGGGUCAGUGCUUCAACGCGAUCAUUUCUGUGGGAGUGAUUCACCAUUUCUCCACACAACAAAGGCGAAUCAAAGCAAUAAAAGAAAUGGCCAGGGUGCUGGUACCUGGAGGCCAGAUGAUGAUUUACGUGUGGGCCAUGGAACAAAAGAAUCGGCAUUUUGAGAAGCAAGAUGUGUUUGUUCCAUGGAACAAAGCCCUUUGCUCCCGGUUGCUUUCUGAACGCUGCAAGGAUGCGUGUAAGAGGGAGCUUGCAGCUCAUACCGUAACAUCUCAGACCAUGCCGCCGGACCAGCUAAUGGGUUCCAAAUACAGCUACCCUAUUAGCCUUGACCAGAAACAUCCCCAGAGGACUGGCAGCUGCUUAGCUGAAGCCUGUUGUGUGAAAAUCUCUGAAGAGGAAGAGAAACGAGUUUACAGUGCUCUUGGGAGAUCUUUUCGUUCCUGGUUUUCCUCCAGAUCACUAGACGAGUCUGCCUUGGGGAAGCAGAAUGAGAAGAUGCAGCCUUUGAAGAGCACAGCUGGAUGGACAAACAACGCCGUCUCUAUUCAGCCACCGAGGAACUGCAGUGUAGAUUUAGGCUGCCGGGGACCAUUGCUGAAAGAGCAGCAACUAGAUAAUUAUGAUGACGUGUUUAUGAAGCAUAUGGAGUGCAAAAGAUUGGAAUGGCUGGCGGCCUCAAGGUCGCUGAGAGAUUUCAAUGGUGAGCCACCUGCUUUAGUUCAAAGUAAAAAUGGGGAAAUGUCAUUCCUGGAUAGCUCUGUGGAAAAUGUAAACAACGGCUACAUCCCGCCAGGCAAUAGUCAUUCUUUUGCGGGCAAACACUUUAAAAGGACUUCAUCGGCGAGCUCCAGUGAAUCUAUUGUAGAUGCGGCUGUGGCUGUGGCAGACCGAGUUGCUUGUGGUCAGGAUACAAAAGCCUUCAUGCGCUAUUACCAUGUUUUUCGGGAAGGGGAGCUGUGCUCUCUGCUUGAGGAUAACGUGCCUGAGGUUCACAUAAUAAGUUCAAGCUAUGAUCAUGGUAACUGGUGCAUUAUUGUGAAGAAAGCAGGUGAACAACAGCAUGCGUAGUUCUGGAAAUCAAGGGCUUCAGAUAUCGCUUCCUAUGGAAUUUUAGAGACUCCCCCCCCAUCUGAUCUCCCAUUCUGUGUGCAUGGGAACAAAUGUGUGGAUAAGGAUGUCAUUGUGAAAAAGGGUACUUGACAUUUUGCAGAAAUGCAGGCUUUCUGCAAACACCCAUCAUAGUUUUAUAUUGGUUUUAGGAAAUAUGUUUUGCGUUUUUUAAGAACAUUUUAUAUAUAAAGCCUUUUGUAAGAUGAGGAACGAGGCAUUUUUUUUUUUUUAGUUACCCAAAAAUGAGUGAAUGAAUUUUCACCCGAUGAAAAGAUCAACCCUUAGCCUAUUGGCACUGAAAUAUGUUGCAUGCCUUUUACUUGCUGGGCUUUUGCUUAGAGGAGCACACACAUCGUAUUUGAAGGCUUUUGCUUUUUAUGUUGCUUUUCUAUUUUCUUUUUUUAAAUGUUGCUAUCCAAAUAGACUGUACAUACAUAGGAUAAUUUUUCACUGUAGCGAAAAGGACACCGUAAAACGAGGGUGCCCACAUUUCCUUUGGAAUCUUAGAGACAUGUGAGUUGAGAGCCAGGGAUGAACUGAAAAAUCAAGACAACAAGAGGGAUAAAAAGAGAUGUAAGAAGAGUCCAAGAAAAUCAAACAUGCCCCAUAGAAGGAGUCUUUCUGGGUGUCUUUCACUGUUUCCUGAAGUGAUACAUAUAUAAACUGAGGCUAUCGGCUGUGCUCAUCAUAUUCACUCAAGUAAUGAUGACGGAAACAGCCUAAGAGACCUGUUUUGCAACUUGAACCCAAGCUGAUUUUCCCCUAAACAUUUUUUUGCUACAUUCAGACAUAACAUAAAA